UCAAAAUUAACAGUAGCGGGUUAAAACUAAACUCUCUCUCUCUCUCAUCCCCCUUUUUAAGCAAAACACCGUCAUCUCCUCCUCCAAAAAUUUCCCAAUUUCUAGGGUUUCGACCCCCGACUUCCGCUCUCCACAAAGAUCUCUCAUUUUUUGGGCGGAGGGAAUGGACUUAUUUCAGCAGCGGCACGGUGGCGGAUCGGCGAGGAGAACGAUCGGGCGAGCACAAGUCGAAGGGAAUAGACAGUUGAAAAAUAAAACAAGCACUUCAAAUUAUAUCAAUCGACCCCCACUUGAAGGGCAUUGGGUUGGCUCUGAGCCUCCCCGAAGUUCAUCUAAAAGAGCUAGUGCAAUGUCAAUCAAAACACUAAUACAUGAGGAAAUGGCAAGAGAAAGGAAAGUAAGCCAGUCUUCACCAAGUGUUAUUGCAAAAUUGAUGGGUCUUGAUUCCCUGCCCCCUUCACAAGCAGUUGACAAACAACAGAAGGAGCCUAGUUACUCUUUAUCAAAAACAACACAUACAUCUUAUGAAAACUGUUCACUUGGGAUGAACACCAAUGAGCAUCAGGAAUUUAAAGAUGUCUAUGAAAUUGAGGACUCAAUGAAAGUUGAAAAAGGAAAACUCCAGCCAGCUUUUAAGAGAGAUUUACAUCCAUACAAAGGUGAUACUGAUGUUGCCUUUGUAAGGCAAAAGUUCAUGGAAGCAAAGCGUCUCUCGACUGAUGAAACUCUUCAAAGUUCCAAGGAGUUCGGCGAUGCAAUAGAAGUGCUUGAUUCCAAUAAAGAUCUUUUUCUAAAAUUUCUUGAUGAGCCUGAUUCUUUGUUCACGAAGAAUCUACAUGAUGUGAAGGGUUUUUCACCAGCUCUUCAUGAAGAUCACAUCACGUUAUUAAGGCCAUUGAAAUCUAAACAGGAUUCUGCACACUGUAAAUCAGAGGUAAUGUCUGGAAAUUGCGCUCAAAUGCAAAAAGAUUCUAUAAGCACUUCAAGAAAGUCAAAUACCAACCUUUUCAAUCACCUGCUCAAAGAACACAGUGGAUCUCUUUCACACAAGUUGUUGAAGUCACGAAACGCAGGCAAAAAUAGGUCUAGUGCUCGAUCCACUAGGAUUGUCGUUCUAAAGCCAAACCUGGAAAAGGCCCAGGACAUGGUAAGAAAUGUUUCAGAAUCAAUUAAUUCCCAUGAGAAUAAUCUGUCUGGUUACAUCAGGCACAAUGAAUAUCAGCAUUCUGGAAUUCAGGAAUUACACGCUGAAGAAAGGGAGCGGCAGAAUUUGUUUGUUAAUCUAGAAGUUAUGGGGCAGAGAGUAAAGGGUUCAAGAGAAAUUGCUAGAGAAGUUACAAAACAAAUGAAACGCUCGGUAAGCAGUGGUUCAGAAAGAAUGCUUGAUUCUGGGUUCAAUAGGCACAUCAAAGGUGGAAGCUCAUUUGACCCAAAAAACUCUGGGACAUGCCAAAGGAGGGACAACUUUGAUGAGUGGAGUAGAGCCUCAAGCGCCUCUACUUCUUCUUCAAUUGAGUCAUCUGUGAAGAGGGAGGCAAGAAAACGGCUAUCUGCACAAUGGAGGAUGACCAACCAAAAGGAGGCAAGGUAUAAUGGUGGAGGACCAAGUACUUUAGCUGAAAUGCUUGCUAUACCUGAUAAAAGAGGACCACGAGAUGUUCUGGAUUCAUACGGAGUACAGAAAGUUUCAGAUUAUGAAUUGGCUAGAGGUAUGCUUGGUUCUCAGUUUUGCUCUACUGGUAUCAGCAGUAAACGUUGCUCCAAGGACAAACUCUCCACAAAUUUACCUAGAUCUUCAUCUCUUCCAGCUUCAUCUUCUCGUAGUGCUCCAAAAUCCAGUAGACAGCAAGUUACUGAUGGUGAUAACUGUUAUAUGCUUAAAGAUGUUCUCAACUUAGGAGUUGUUGACUACUCCCAUGGGAAUUUAAAUCAGAGAAGAAUAUCACGAAAGAGCUCUAAGUUUAGAAGUUACAAGAUUCGAUCUAAUUCUGCUGGCGAGGAAAAUAAGCUACCUAUAAGAGAGAUUCGUGUUGACAAGAAAGAAUUAAAGAAUGUGAUUCAAAUUUCUGACCCUUCUGCAGUGACUCUGAUGUCUAAGCUCUCUGAUGACACUACUGCCGACACUAGUACCCUUGAUGGCGGUUCUUCAUUCACAGAGUCAAUAGAUGCAGAAAGACCUUUCAUAACUAGCGAGGAACAUGUACAGCAACCAGUGCAUAUGGGAGAAUCUUCUUGCACCAACCGCAUUCAUGAAAUUGUAGAGGAGACAUCACCUGACUAUCUCCAGGAGUCAUCACCUGACCAUCCUCAAGUAGAUUCUACUCAGUGCGGUGGAGCAGAAUGUGAGCUUACAAGCUCCGUUGAUGCUAAGCAACCAAGCCCUGUCUCUGUUCUGGAGCAUCAGUUAGAAGAAGGUGAGUCAAGCCCAGAAUGCUUCGAGAAAAUCAACACUCAUCUCCAAGGACUCAGAAUGCAACUGCAACUUCUCAGGUUGGAAUCUGAUACUUACAACACAGAAUGUGAAAGUACUGGAGAGUGCAACUCCCCUCCUCAGAAUGGACAGAUGCUGCAAAUUUAUGAAAAUGAAGAGGAUAGAGAUUAUUCAUACCUACUUGACAUAGUGACCAAUUUGGGCUUAGAUAGCCUUGCGAACACUUGUUGCUUUCUAAAACACCCAGAGGACCUUGACGUAUUUGAAAAUCUUGAAGAGAAGUAUGGAGUCAUCGUAGAAUGGUCUAAAUCAGAAAGAAAGUUACUGUUUGAUGUUGUUAGUUUGAUUCUAGAAGAUACUUUAUCUCCUUGGACGGACGAAGAGCCAUGGUUGAAUCCAAAGAGAAAAUUUGGCCCAGUUUGGGACCAUGAGAGGCUAGUUGAAAAGGUCUGGCAAAUGGUUAUCAGACUGAGGAAUGAUUCGAGUGCAGGAAAAUCAGAGGAGAGUAUUUUAGAUCCGAGAUGGUUGGAUUUUCGAUACGAGCUUGAUACAAUAGGAAAAGAGAUUGAAGGGAUGCUGAAGGAUGAUCUUCUGGAAGAACUUAUCUCAGAGUUCAUCUUAGGUUAGUCUUUCAAUUAGUGAAGCAUGAAUGUGAGAUUGAGUAAUGCUUGCAAUGUCUUUAAGGUCAUCACGUGCUCGAUGACUUCAGCAGAAGGAGAAAAUAUGAAAGAAAAGAAUUGAAAAAAAGAUGUAAAUUUGCGGUCUAUUUUGCUACGAGUGUAUGUGUGCUGCAGGGUUCAAAUGUAUUUUUUUUUCAACAGACCACAAAAGCCUGUAAGUUUUCUAGUGUUUUUGACUGCAUUGAUGUUGCGAAAUGGGAAGAGUUUAUGUUUGUUCACGUUGUUA